AUGGAUAGAAGGCUGUGGGAGGCUGCUCAAAAAGGAGAUGUUGAUCACUUGCAAAGCUUGAUCAAAGAAGUUCCUUUUCUGCUCAGGACAGUUUCAUUAGCAGGUAGUAAUGAAACUCCUCUGCAUAUUGCUUGUUCAGGUGUCCAUCUUGAGUUUGCUAAGGAGAUCAUUCAUUUGAGGCCAGAAUUUGCAAGAGAACUAAACCAGGAUGGUUUCAGCCCUUUGCAUAUUGCCUCAGCAAAUGGAGAUAUAGAGAUUGUGAAGGAGCUAUUGAACGUUGACAGUAAUCUAUGCCUUGUCAAGGGGAAGGACAGAAGAAUUCCCCUUCACUAUGCAGUAAUCAAAGGCAGAGGACAUGUCAUGAAGGAGCUUCUUGUGGCUUCUCCAGACUCAGCAGAAGAAGUGACUGCUCGUGGCGAGACUUGCCUUCAUUUAGCUUCCACACCCCUUCAGGAAUGGGCAGAGGUUGUAACAACCCUGGGUAAGCAGCAAUAUCAUACUUGUGCCAUUGGUAAACAUCACAUUUGUGGAUAA